AUGAUCUAUGGUCGACGCUAUGAGGCUGUCCGCAGGGUGCUCAGGAAGGUGCGCCGUGAGGCUGGCCUGACCCAAGUACAACUUGCUGAAAAGCUCGGCAAGGGGCAGAGCUACGUGUCCAAGGUGGAGCGUGGGGGUGACAUGGCAUAUUUAAUUGCUUGGUUUGCUGGGGCUGUGAUUGGUAUUGGAUAUGUUUUUUCUCACAACCCGCCAAUGUCUCUUUCUUGGUUAUGGGCAGUAGUUCGGCUAAUAGGCACUCUGUUCAUACCUAUUGUUGUAGAAAAAGUGGUGAGUCAGGAAAAAGAGAGGGUAGGAGUCAGUUGGUGGCAAAAUGCGGCCAUAAUUAUCUCUUUAGCCAUUGCCACAAUGAUUUCGGUUUCUGGAGAGGGGCACUUGUUCUAA